AUGCCGCCGCCGCCGCCGGUACCAUCGCUGCUGGACGAGCUCCUCGAGGAGAUCUUCCUCCGCCUCCCGCCGGGCGAGCCAGAGCACCUCGCGCGCGCCUCCCUCGCCAGCAAGCUCUGGCUCGGCCGCCUCACCGGCCCUCGCUUCCGCGGCCGCUACCGUGAGCGCCAUGGACCUCCCCCCAUGCUGGGCUUCCUUCAUACCUGGCUGGAGGGCUGCGGCCCGGAGGGAAAAGAUCCCGUCCCGGACUUCACACUCACCACGAAAUUCGGCGCGCGCGUCCCCGACGAUGACGACUGCGGGUACCACAAGUACGAUGCGUGGGACUGCCGCCAUGGCCGCGUUCUCCUUGGGGACGAGAACAUGUUGCCCAUCGCGGUCGUCGUCUGGGACCCCAUGACGGGCCGCCGGAAGGACCUGCCGGAGCCCGACCUGGUGAACGACAGCUAUGGGGCCGCGGUGCUCUGCGCCGUGCCUGGCUGCGACCACGGCGCGUGUCACGCCGGCCCCUUCGAGGUCGUCUUUGUUGGCCUGGGCAUGCGUGAAGACGAUGGUGCUGGAUGCGUUGCGCAGGCGUGCGUGUCGUUGCCGGACACCGGUGACUGGAGCAUGCCGUGCCCUAUAUUUGAUCACCAUCACUGGGGCGAGCCGUGCUCUGGUCUUCAUCUUGAAGCCGACGCAUUCGUCGACCGAAUGCCCCCUGUCCUCGUCAAAGAAGCAGUUCACUUCAUGCUUGUGUAUGCUCGUGAUGGCCAUGUAGAAAUUCUCAAGUACGACUUGAGAUGUAGUUGCUUAUCACUGGUUGAUGUGCCGCUUGUGGGGCCUGGCAUUUACGGUGCCGCUAUCCUCAUGGCGAUGCAGGAUGGCAGUUUGGGGUUUGCACAUGUGGAUGGGUUAACCCUCUACAUCUGGUCCAGAGAAAUGGAUUUCAACAGAGCUGGGUCAUGGAGUGAACGUACAAUUAUCGAUCUCAGGAAUCUUCUCCCCAUCCAAAAUCCCGAGGAAAGACUUAGACUGAUUGGAUCCGUUGAGGGCAGUGAUACCGUUUUCGUGACCACAGACCUGGGAAUCUACGAGAUGAAUGUCAAGUCACAGCGAUGGAAGGAGAUAUGGAAGAGCGAGGAAUUUCGUGCUUUGAUUCCAUACAUGAGUUUCUACAAUCCACAACAAAGGGUGAUGCCCUGUGACGCGGCACAUUGA